AUGUCACCUACAGUCCUCACGACAUCUAUCACUUCGGGCAAGAUGAUUCCCGCCCAAAAAUCUCAAAUCGCCACCAUGAAGUCCGACGCUGGUCUCAACCUUGAUGCUGAUGGAUCAUCCACACCUUACUCUGCUACUUCAACCGCAGUAUCAGAAGCAGGUGGUAAAUCACCCGACGCUACUGCUGUUCACAAAGCUUUGAUCGAUGCCUCUAUACCCGAAGCUACACCCUCACCUACAGAUUCAGGUUACUACUCUCAUCUUCUCGCUUCUUCAUUACCCACUCCUAACACCAAAGCGGGCACCACAGUCUUUGGAUCAGGUAUUGACGUUCUUGAAGCUUUUGCUGUCAAACACUCUGAAUCAGUCUGGGUAUAUGACGAUGCAGUUGAAGUCGGGUUUGGUACCAGAUUAUCUGAAUUUGGAAGUAAGAAGAUUCAUCAAUUGCAGACUCGUGAAGGUGCUGGAUUAGAAUUGGCUGGAUACGCUUCAAAAUCAUCUGGCAAAUUCUCAGUGUUCGCUUCCAUCAAAACCCUACCUUACCUUCUCCCUUCGCUCGAGAGGAUUCAAGGAGACGUCAUCGUUCACCUUUCCACUGUUACUACUACCGAUUCUCUUGAACUCGCCGAUGGUCUUUACACCCCUGGUGUGAUGCAAAACCUCACUUCAGUCCCCGAAGGUUGGGAAGUAGUCUUCUCCUUGGCAGGCGAAUACCUCAUCGAUACAGCCGCCAAGUUAUAUGGUGGUGAAGCUCGAAAGGUCAUUCACGUAAUUUCAGCAAGUCAAUGGGCAAGAGAAAUCAAAUCCUUCCAAUUCCCUUCACCUGUUCAAGCCGAUUUAUGGACUGUCAAGCAUGCUCAACUCGAAGGUGCUGAGAAAGUCUACGUCGGUCCCGUCGGCAAACUGAUCAGAGAAUUUUGGGACGCUGGUCUCCCUUCCAAAGUCGGUAUAUUAGAAGUCAAGACACUCGAUCCUUCGCCCGAAGAACUUUACUCUGCUCUUACCACAUCUGAAGGAGAGCAACGAAAGAACGUUUUCGUCACCGGUGCCACCAAAGCCGAUGCUGAUGCUCUGAAGGCUGUCAUCCUCUCCGCUCUCUAUUCUGCUUCGGGAUCGUCAAAGGCCGUUCUUCCUAUCGUCAAGUCUGUCAUUGCGACCCAGACUUCAGACUUGUGGGAGCCUCAUUUCAAGUCCAAGCCCGGAAAGGUCAUCUCCUUCUACACUUCCCCACUUUCGCCUCUUCCUCAAUUGCUUACCCAUUUGUUCCUCUCAUCUCCUUCUCUUGAAACCCGUCUUGCUCAAUUCGGCUCUUCCGCCGCUCGAGGUGUCAAGUCAGUUCUUUCUCUUGCUCCAUCGGGAUCCGAGACUCAAAAUCUCGGCAUCAACGAAGCUUCCGAUGUCACUUGGGUGAAUGACGCCAAUGUAUUCAAGUACACCGAUGUCUUGUCUUCAGCCAAAGAAGGCUCCAUCGUUGUUCUCGAAUUGCCUUGGUCCGAAGAUGAAAUCGCCGUCAAACUCUCACGAUCUGAGAUCUCUGCCAUCAAGUCCAAGAACAUCCGAGUCUUCCUUCUUGAUCUCUCCGCUUCCCCCGUACUCCCCAUCCAAGAGCAAGUUGCUUUCCUUCUUCUUUACACUGGAUCUCAGAAGCUCUCUGCCGGUGUAUGGAAAGUAUUGGAUGCCUUCCACUCUAACCAAAUAGCUCGAGAAGAUGUCGAGUCCGCUCAAGCUGCUCUUACCGAGGUUGCCACAUCCGGAUGGGAAGUUCCCGAGCUCGAGGAAGGCAAAACUGAAAAAGCUAAGAACGCUUGGGAAUGGGACGCUCUUCCCGGAACAGCUGGUCUUGUAGAUGUUCAUACCGAUGAGAAACCCUUGACCGCUUCAUGGGAGUUAGCUGCUAGACAUCUCUUCUUCCGAGAAGCUUUCACUGUUCCCGAUGCCAAACUUGUCGAUUCCGACUCUUCCACAAAUGGAUCUGGAAUCAACGGACUUCGACCCUCAACUGCCGAUGAAACUUUCCUUGUCAGCGUUUCUGAAAACCGAAGGCUCACUCCUGCUACAUACGAUCGAAACGUCUUCCAUUUGGAACUUGACACUGCCGGGACUGGAUUGAAAUAUGAAAUUGGUGAAGCUAUUGGUAUUCACGGAUGGAAUGAUACUCAAGAUGUCCUUGAUUUCUGUUCUUGGUACGGUCUUCAACCUGAUGAACUAGUUACUUUCCCCAACCCACUCAAAGCUGGUACACAAGAAACCCGAACUAUCUUCCAACUGUUACAGCAAAACGUCGAUUUAUUCGGUAGACCAGGAAAGGCAUUUUACGCUGCUUUGUCCAAAGCUGCUACCACUAAAGCGGAUGCGAUGGCAUUGAAAUUCAUCAGCGCUCCUGAAGGUGCAGAACUGUUCAAGAAAAUGGCAGAAAACGAAACCGUUACCUUCGCAGAUGUCUUAUUCAGAUAUAAAACAGCUAGACCUUCUGUAGCCGAAUUAGUCGGUAUUGUACCUGAAAUCAAACCUAGACAUUACAGUAUCGCUUCAAGUCAAAAAGCUGUCGGAGACAAAGUAGAAUUAUUGAUCGUUACUGUCGAUUGGACGAAUGUACAUGGCUCUCCUCGAUUCGGUCAAUGUACACGAUAUCUUGCUGCCCUUCAACCAGGAGAUAAAGUUACUGUGUCAAUCAAACCUUCAGUAAUGAAGUUACCUCCUGACAACAAGCAACCUAUUAUCAUGGCUGGUCUCGGUACAGGUGCUGCACCUUUCAGAGCCUUUAUGCAACAUCGAGCUUGGCAACGAACUCAAGGAAUCGAUGUUGGACCUUUGAUAUACUAUUUCGGAUCAAGAUAUAGAUCACAAGAGUACUUGUAUGGGGAGGAGAUUGAGGCUUAUAUUGCUUCUGGAAUCAUCUCUCACGCGGGAUUAGCUUUCUCAAGAGAUUCAGACUCAAAGACAUAUAUCCAACACAAGAUGUCAGCCGAUAAGAAGAUGUUAUCCAAGCUCUUGCAAGGCAAAGGAUCAGAUGCCGCUUACUUCUACCUCUGUGGUCCUACUUGGCCUGUACCUGAUGUGUUCGAAGCUCUCGUCGGCAGUCUGACUGAUGAUGGUAUGGAAAGGAAGAGAGCUGAAGACUUUAUCGAGGAGUUGAAAGAGGAUGAGAGAUAUGUGUUGGAAGUCUACUAA